UCAACGCAUUCGUACUUUGGAUUCCAGCGCUGACUAAACUUUAGGCUUGUUGCCAUAUUGGAGUCAUAGCACGGUACGAAUUGCAUUUUACGUGCGUUUUUUUUGUUUAAGAACGGUGAUUAUUAACUGUACCUGGACAGCAUACUCCUCAGUGAUUAGCACAGGCAGGGUUACGUGCCACGUUGUAGAGCCAAGUUUAUCACCUUAUUGCUCAAUCCUAUAGUUACCGCUUGCCUCAGUUGAAUCCCUCUCUCUCUCCGCUUGUAUUCCUGUGUGUUUGUGUGUAAUUUCUCUUAGACGGUCAUUGUUGCGUGCCGCUAACGUGUAACAACUUUUGGUGGAUUACUCUUAGAUCUCUACAAAUCCGCAUUUGCUAGUCCUCUGCUGUAGCGAUCCAACCAUCCCAGCGGCUUCAGCAUCAGCUUACCAAACUUCAUCAUUGCUUGUAACAGUAUUUUUCCAGUGGGGAACCAUUUGAAUGAAACAAGAACAAGAAAACAAAAAACCAACAGAAUUAUAUUUCUAAUAGUUCUAAUUUUACUCUAGAGCACAGCCAAAAUGUUUAUUAAUAGGACCACGCUAAACGACGGCCUAAACUCUUGGGUAUUUAGAAUUUUUUUGAUGAUGGCUGUUCUUUUUUUGGAGGGACUGAAGGCAGCGACCACUGCCGGCUCCACUUCUGGUUGCCCAUCUUGCGGCAUGCCAGCGAUGGUGAAGGGUUCUGAGGAGCAGCUACUGAUCGAGAUCGCCAAACAGCAGAUUUUAAACAAACUGCACCUGAAAGAGCGCCCCAACAUCACGCAGACUGUGCCCCGGCCGGCGCUGCUUACCGCACUCCGCAAGCUGCAUGCUGGCCGCGUAAGACAGGACGGCACUUUGGAGCUUGAAAACUCCCCGCUGGGCGCUCAAGCCAAGGACCAGGGGUACGAGAUAGUCAGCUUUGCAGACAUGAAUGACACCAACUCCAGUGGCUCUCAGCCAAGCCUCGCAUUCCAGUUCCUGCAGGAGCGUGGACAGAGUAUUCAGGUGCUGCAGUCCUCACUGUGGCUGUACAUCUAUUCUGCUGAUGCUCCCAUUAGGGAGUCCCGCGUGAUGGUGCAAAUCUACCUGUCCGCACAAGAGGUCGGGAACCGUACCCUGCUGCUGCAGCAGGAGGUGGAGGUCCAGCGAGCUGGCUGGCACACCUUUGCCAUCACGCAGACCCUGCAGGAGUUCCUAGACGGGGGGCGGCAGCAGCUGCGGAUGGAAGUUGCAUGCCGUGUGGGCGAGCAGGACCUGUGCAUGGCGCAAGCGUCUGCCAAUUCCUCCCACCGGCCAUUCCUGGUCGCACAGGUGCGACUGCGCAAGGACGAAUCCAGGCACGCCCUGCGGAAGCGCUCUUUGCAGUGCGGCGACGACGUAACUGUUUGCUGCAAGAAAGACUUCUACAUCAAGUUCAGGGACAUCCAGUGGCAGGACUGGAUCAUUGCGCCCGAGGGCUACCACAUGAACUACUGCAUGGGCCAGUGCCCGCACCACCUGGCCGGCUCGCCUGGCAUCGCCUCAUCCUUCCACGCCACCGUCUUCAGCCAGCUGAAGGCCAACGGCAUCGAGACGGCUAUCACCUCCUGCUGCGUGCCCAUCCAGCGACGCCCACUCUCCAUGGUGUACUUCAACUCGCAGCACAGCAUUGUCAAGACCGACGUGCCGGAUAUGGUUGUGGAGUCCUGUGGCUGCACGUAGACGUGAUGGAGACCUGGGAUGAGGGGCAGGGGGAGGGCUGAAGGACAGUGGGGUAUCAUUAGCAAUGGUUGGGGCAUCAAGAGUCAUACAAUUACUGCCUGCAAUAUCUCUAUGCACACAUGACAUACAGGUGUUACACACAAGCACAUGCAUGCAGAUACACACAUGGCAUGUGCUAACUAACCGCAAGACCCCUUUUCCAUUGACUGAACAAAAGCAGACUAAUGCUCUGUGAAUUAAAAAAAACACCUCUGGCAAAUACAGAAUGCAAGCCGGAAGAACAGCCUUCGAAAGCCUCGAGAUCUGGACCCAGCUUUCUGUGUCUUUAAUUUAAUCGUGUAGGUUCUCUUUGUCUUGCAUAUUUUUCUGACAGUGUCUUUUCUAGGAGCUGUAGUUUCAAAAUGCAGCCUUUCUGAGAACAGGAAGUACAGCGCUUCAGCUAAGAACAGGUCAUUUUUUGAAAAGUUUCUAUGAGGAAACAUCUAUGUUGAGAGUCUUCAGGUUGUAGGUCUGUCACCAUUGCAGCUGUUGAGUGUAUUGAGAAACCUACUUUGAGUAGGCUUGGGUGGUAUUACGGUAAUACAGUAUACCAAAAAGUACGGUAUUUUGGGAAAUCAUGGUGACAAAAUUAACCGAACCGAGACAGGUGGUAAUCCAUGAAUCCAUGAACCUCCCCCCACCACCACCAUCUGUUCACCGAAUUUUACCAGCAAAAUUUCAGAAUUCAUACAAACUUAAACCAAAGAGAAACAUCAGAUUCAAAGUGCCUUUCUACUGGCUGGAAACGGGAAGCCUAAAUACUUUUCUGUUUGUGGUGUCUAUCUGUGGUGUCAUACGCGUUCGGGUUCUGAACCGACGCUUCACUAAUGGAUGGUGUACAAAACAAUGACUGCUACUAAAUUGCCUGGGUGUCGGCAGUGUACGCUUCCGGAAACGUGUUCCGUGUGGUUCUCACGUCACACUGCUGAUGUCAGGAGAACCUGGCAUGGUUCUGUCUCAAAGUUUGUCAGUUUUGGGAAUUCGAAUGCUUUCACCCUUCAGGAACGCAUAUAGCGCAGCAGCUCCUGGCCGUCCUGUUUCCAGGUGCAAAGACAUGGAUCCUCUUAUCCAAUAACAGGAACAGGUUUUUGAGCUGUGUCUGCUAUAUUGGCAGCAUGUUUAAAGCUUAAACAUUUUGAAAUAUCUGUGAGGCCUACAUGGCCUUUGAUCUCAUCUUUCUAAAUGUAGCACCACCCCUCCCCUCGCCCCACAUCCACCCCAGUACGUAUUUUUGCUCCAUUAUUAUUCUACUAGAUAACAACUACUAAUACUUUGAUUAUCUGGAAUGGGGGACAUUAAAGACUACAGACCUAGACCUUUUCAUUUUAAUGUAGAUGUUCUGCUUGACAGGCAUUGUUCAUUAAUUUUUUAGUAACAAUGCCAAAAAGCUCAGGGACUAACUAGAAUUGCUGUGUUGCAUUUCUUUGGCAAGGGCUUCCAUAAUGCAGCCAGACAGUCACCCCACAUACUCUGAGUCGCUGUCUAAGUCACUGGACACUGGAGCAGCUUUUGUCCUCUCUGUGGUGUCAUGCCACCUUUGGAAAUCAUUAUUCACCAGACUCACGUAUAAACAGGCACCAGGGGUAUGAACUGUCAGAUGUUCUCCGCAAAGAGACACACACAGAUGACAAAAGUAAGCCGUAUGCCUUGUGACAUUGUUGCAUCAAUUGUGGAUCCCUCACUUGACUUUUAAAAAAAAAAAUCAAGAUUUAAAAUAAGAAAACAGCAAAAGCAAUGAGAGACGAAUUUGUGUGGCAUAGACGCUGGUUGGUCUUACGGCCAGCCAGUAGCUGCUUGCAGAGAAUGAUGUUUCAGUGCAUUUCGUGCAUGUUGCUCUGGAGCUACAUCAUUUACAAAGGAAAAUUCAUAACAAGCAGAAUCGAUUCAUUUUGAAAUAGAAAAUGCUAUUUCGUCAUUUCACACUAUUUCUCCAUUAGCUGCGCUGUUGCGCAAGGAUACAUCAGUAGCACCUACAACAGUGUGCAAAAAGUCUUACGCAGUCAAGUAAAGUGAGGCUCAAAUGCUCUUCAUGUUGGUGUAAAACUAUGAUAUUACGUCUGUCAGCUUAACCACUUCAAAAUCUCUUCUAAAGUCACCCCAGUGUGUGCAGCAACCAUACAGCAAAACACCCAUGUGUUUUAUGACUUGACCACCAACAGAGCUUGUAUGGUUAAUCAGUACCUCAUAAUUUAAUUAAUUGAGCGAGCGAGCGAGCUGGUGGUGAAAUUCAACAAAUACGUGGAUUGCCUUAGGUAGCCCGUGAGGAGAGGUUUAGGAACUGAAGUGGUGUUCUUCUAACCAUCUAACAAGAUUUCGGUAACCUUUUGGAGAACAGAAUAAAUUCCUCUUAGCUUUUAUUGUCUUACUCUUAAUACGUUCUAGUGUUAAAUUGAGUUUUUUUUUGUUUUAGGCAAUUAGACACUUACUAUGGAGAUAAGGACUGUCUAAGACUUUUGCACAGUAGAUGACAGAGAGACCUGGGGUGCAGGACAUUCAGAUGCACCCCAGGUCAUCAGUUUCUUCAUUUUUUUCCCCCAGUCCUGACCGUCACUGUAACACAGACAGCAGGAGUGAUUACUCAAUAGUAUCUCCUCUGAGAUCUUUGUGAAUAAAUAAAUAAUGAGCGGCAGACUUUAAAAAAAGAUGAUUUUAAAGGCACCAGAAUGGUAAUAUUUGCUCAGCUUACAGGUUAGGCAAUGGGCUCCUUUCAGUAUGGACCCCAGGUUAUUACUCAACGGGCAUGUGCAAACAUUUGGCUAUUGCCACAGUGUCAGGAAAUGUGAAGGUCCCUCAAGCUUAGCAGUACAUUGGCAAUUUGCAGAGGCACGUCAGUAUUCUUCCCUUCCAAGGUCUAAAGUUUGGGGGGUGAUGUCAAUGUUCUCAUACCCUUAAUGCAAAGUCUUAUAUUAAUUACCAUUUGUGAGUCAGAUGCAAUCUUUAGUUUACCCUCAAAAUGCACACGUUGGCAGGAUUAUUAUAGCAAACAGAUUCCGGAGAGAUGUAUGGAGGUUUCCGUUGGUUUGGCUUCGUGGUAGAAUGGAUUCCAGCAGUGCCCAGGCAUUACAGAAACCUUAUAGAAAAUCACCAUCUCUUAACAUUUCCUCUCCCUGGUAUAGAUCUUUAAGGCUGGUUUUCUGAUGUGCCCAGGUGUUUGUGUACAUAUGUGCAUAUAUACAUAAAACACCGUAUAUAUCCAUAAAACGUGUUUGCAUAACAUACAGAUUUUUGUCUUAUAUGGUGAAAGCUCUUGCUGUUUUCUCGUUGGUACUGCAUUAAUAAUUUAUUGCGUUAUUCAUUACCGUGUUCAGUGUUAGACUGGCAGGCUAAGUCUUGAAAAGCACUUUAGCCAUAGAAAGUAUUUUUGAAAACACAGAGAUGGAAAUUCAUACAUGUCUCAUUCAUGCAAUUAUAAGUUUAGGAGCGUGAUUCCCCCUGCACAGAAGUUAAUGAUCUGGCCAUUUAAGAAAAUGGUUGAGGGUAAACGGAGACAGCUUUCAGCUUUGUCUUCUGAGUUUUAUACUGUGUUGCAAAAAAUUUUUUGAAACGGAACAAAAGCAACAUCUGUGUGCUGUUUAAAAAACAGGAAUCGGUCUAGUCUAACAACCAGAAACAACUUAUUUGUCAGUACUUUAUUUAUUUGUUAGUUGUUUUUGCAUUAUUUGCCCAUUCUGUAAAUUAAAAUAAUGUAAUAGUAUUCUAGGUAUUUGUUUUGGGAUUAGGAAUUGUAAAUUCAGAAAUGGUAUAUUUUAUUGUUUUUUGUUUAGUUCUAUUAAACACUGUAUUUACAAUACUGUAACUGGUAACAAGACAGCCAGGCUUCCAAUCAAACAUACAUGUCUUCAAGAACCUGAUUUCUAUUUUUUUAAUAUACUCUAUUUUUUCGUACUUUAUGAAACAAAAUCAUGUAACACUUUAAUGCAAUCCCGAGUCCCGUUGUACUGUACACUGCAGUUAUGCUGGAAAAUUCUAUUUUGAAUAAAUAUUUUUCCACUUCA